UGAUGAAGCCGGCAGGGCCUUUGGGGGCUGCAGCGCCCGGGGGGAUGUUGCCACAGGGCCCUCCGCCUCCUGGACCCCACCAGUUUGGCCAGAAUGGAGCUCAUGCCCAGGGUCAUCCUCCCCAAAGAUUUCCAGGUCCUCCACCUGUCAACAGUGCGGCAGCCUCCUAUUCGCCAUAUGCAUCUGCUGCACAGUCACCUUACCCUGCCCCCACUUCAUCCAUCUCCCAGCUGGGUGGUCAGCUCAACGCCAUGCACAUCAGCACCUGUGGUUCGGGCAUGGCCCCCCCCAGCCAGGCGCCCCCCGGCUCUCUGUUGGCGCCGUCUUUUCCGGGUCCCCCACGACCUCCGCAGCCAUCCAUAUUGCAGCCUGGGUCUCAGGUUCUCCCACCUCCGCCCACUGCAUUGAACGGCCCUGGCGUGCCACCCCUGCCUCCAGCAGCGCACAGGCAGGACGGGCUCCCCGGGCCCCCACCUCUCCCAGGACAGAGCCUGGGCCCUGGAUAUGCUCCGCAGUCGGCAGCCAACUAUGGUGCCCAGAUGCCAGGUGCGCAGCUCUCGUACCCAGGAGGCUUUCCCGGAGGGCCUGCACAGAUGGCAGGGCCACCUCCGCCCCAGAAGAAGCUGGACCCUGACUCGAUCCCGAGCCCAAUCCAAGUGAUUGAGAAUGACAGAGCCACCAGACUAGGACAAGUUUAUGUCACCAGCACCAGAGGCCAGGUCCCUCCCCUGGUCACUACAGACUGUGUGGUCCAAGACCAAGGCAACGCGAGUCCUCGGUACAUUCGUUGUACGACGUACUGUUUCCCGUGCACGUCAGACAUGGCCAAGCAGGCGCAGAUCCCACUGGCUGCCGUCAUCACGCCCUUCGCCACGAUUCCUUCCAACGAGACACCCCUGUACUUGGUGAAUCAUGGAGAGACCGGGCCCGUCAGAUGCAACAGGUGCAAAGCGUACAUGUGCCCGUUCAUGCAGUUCAUGGAGGGAGGAAGGCGGUACCAGUGCGGGUUCUGCAGCUGCGUCAAUGAUGUCCCACCGUUCUAUUUCCAACAUCUGGACCACGUUGGAAGGAGACUGGACUACUAUGAGAAGCCGGAGCUGUCGCUAGGAUCUUACGAAUACGUCGCUACUUUGGAUUACUGCAGAAAGAAUAAGCCUCCCAACCCACCCGCCUUCAUCUUCAUGAUCGAUGUUUCGUACAGUAACAUCAAGAACGGACUCGUGAAGCUCAUAUGUGAGGAACUGCAGACUGUGCUGGAGAACCUGCCCAAGGAAGAGCAACAAGAGAGUUCUGCGAUUCGAGUCGGUUUCAUCACAUAUAACAAAGUUCUCCAUUUCUUUAAUGUCAAGAGUAAUUUGGCCCAGCCCCAGAUGAUGGUGGUGACGGAUGUUAGCGAGGUCUUCGUUCCUUUGUUGGAUGGUUUCCUUGUCAACUACCAAGAAUCCCAGUCUGUGAUUCACAAUUUGUUGGACCAGAUUCCAGAGAUGUUCGCAGACUCCAAUGAAAAUGAGACUGUCUUUGCUCCUGUCAUCCAGGCCGGCAUGGAAGCUCUGAAGGCAGCAGACUGUCCUGGGAAGCUGUUCAUCUUCCACUCCUCCUUGCCUACCGCAGAAGCGCCCGGGAAGCUCAAAAACAGAGACGACAAGAAGCUGAUUAACACAGACAAAGAGAAGAUACUUUUCCAGCCUCAAAGCAAUGUGUAUGACUCGCUGGCCAAGGACUGUGUGACCCAUGGCUGCUGUGUGACACUCUUCCUCUUCCCCAACCAGUACGUGGAUGUGGCCUCUUUGGGCCUCGUACCGCAGCUCACUGGAGGAACUCUUUACAAAUACAGCAACUUCCAGAUACACUUGGAUAGCCAACAAUUUUUGAAUGACCUCAGAAAUGAUAUUGAAAAGAAAAUAGGAUUUGAUGCUAUAAUGAGGGUUCGUACCAGCACAGGUUUUAGAGCUACUGAUUUCUUCGGUGGGAUUUUUAUGAACAACACCACUGAUGUGGAGAUGGCGGCCAUUGACUGUGACAAGGCGGUGACUGUGGAAUUCAAGCACGAUGACAAACUUGGUGAAGACACUGGAGCCUUAAUCCAGUGCGCUGUGCUCUACACGACCGUCGGCGGGCAGAGGAGACUGCGGAUUCACAAUCUCGGCCUGAACUGCAGCUCCCAGCUGGCCGAUGUUUACAAGAGCUGCGAGACGGACGCCCUAGUCAAUUUCUUCGCCAAGUCAGCUUUCAAAGCAGUUCUGCACCAGCCCUUGAAGGUCAUCCGGGAAAUUCUAGUGAAUCAGACCGCCCAUAUGUUGGCAUGCUACCGAAAGAACUGUGCGAGUCCAUCUGCAGCCAGCCAGCUGAUCUUACCCGAUUCCAUGAAAGUGCUGCCGGUGUACAUGAACUGUCUGUUAAAAACCUGCGUGCUGCUCAGCAGACCAGAGGCCUCCACAGACGAGCGGGCCUACCAGCGGCAGCUGGUCAUGACCAUGGGUGUGGCCGACUCCCAGCUUUUCUUCUACCCGCAGCUUCUGCCAAUACACGACCCAGGCUCCACAGAUGAUCAGAAUGGCCGAGAGCGGCCUUGACCGCAGGCAGGCAGGCGGGCUGACAGACCAGCGUGACCCAGGACGCCUUCGCUGGGCGAGGACUAACUGUGCGUGUCCUCAGUUUCCUCGGCAGAGUCUUCUUCUUACUUGACAUCAGCCCUUCACUCUCAGAGGCCCCUGGGCCCUGUCAGCAGGCGCUUGUCCCCCGAGACCUAACAAGUUCAGGUUCAAAGUGAAGGAGAGGAGAGGGGAUGGCUGAUGGCUUCUUUCUGACGCCUAUCCUCAAACUCAGACCCAGGCUCUCAGUAACAGUGAGGCUAGAGUUAAAUUAGGCUGGAAAUAAAAAGCCAUCGAUGCUUUCAAUCAGUAUGGAUGUUAGAUGUAAAGUAUCACAAAUGAUUGAUUUUCAGAUAAAAUUGGAGGCUCAGCAAUCUAUAUGCAGAGACACUAGAGCUCUAAGCGACAAGAACAUUGUCACUCCUCUAAAAUCGCCAAGGUCACCGGUGACCGCGUUGCUAGACCCAGUGGGCAUCUGUGUCCUCUCCUCUGAUCGGCCGGCAGCAUCGCCGCUUGCUGCUCCCAGGCUCAGGUCCUGCAGAGCUUCCCUGUGACCAGCACUCAUCCCUGGGGGUCUCACCUGUCCUCGUGGCUUCCAGUGCCACAGAAACUGGCGAGUCCCGGGUUCCUGCCUCUGCCCUGAGCUCUGGGUGUAGCGGUCCCUGCCGCCCCCUAGCAUGUCCCCGGGGUAACGGGCAUCUUACCCCACCUCCCAGCCCACUCUCCUGUUGCCCCUCCACCUCCAUUCCCACUUCAGGCCGUACACCUCGCUGCCCCCCUUGACCACAUUCUUUCUCGUCCACCUGCAGUCGUGUCCACUCUCCUUCCAAGGACAUCCAGAGUCUAACCACCUCCCACCCCGUCUGUGAGCACCCAGCUGCAAGCAUAGCCCCCCCGUCCUGUUCCUGACUGCGGUCCCCGCCUAACAAGCCCCUCGCUCAUCCCUUUGCCUCGCCUUCAGGCAGUUUUCGGCACAGAAGUUGGGGUGCUCCCGUUAAAAUAAUUGUCUGCUCAUGUCCUGCUCUACUCAGGACCCUCGGGAUUUCCCGUUGCAGUACAAGCCUCCUCCCUGGCUCAGCGACUGGCCCAGAGUUGUCUGUACCCCCCACACACACACACACGCCUUCUGUCUGACCCCAGCUUUUGUGACGCUGCCCUUUCUCUCUCUGCCGCAGCCACACUGGCCUCCUUGCUGAUCCCUGCACAUCGCACAGGCUCUUGCCUCAGGAUCUUUGCCCCAGAUGCUCCGUCCCUCCUUCUGGAAUGCUCUUCUGCAGAUCUCCCCAUGCCUCUUUCUCACCUCCUCGGGUCUUUACUCCAAAGUUCCUUCUCAGCAAGCCUUCCCGUCGCCACCCUGUUGAUAUUGUGCCACCACCGCAUGACAGACCCUAUCCCACGUUCCUGCUUUUUCCCUUCAUCGCACUUCACACAGUCUAGCAUGCUGUAUAGUUUACUUAGUUUAUUUGUUGUGUCUUCUUCCCUCCCCAGAUGCAUUAGCAGUACAAGGAGGGAUGGCGGUACAGUGACUAGGAGUGCCAAGCCCUGGCAGGGCAGGAGGGGUGGGCAGGCGGCGAGGAGGGGAAGGGGAGCUAGGUUCCU